AUGGACGAGAGCUGGGAAACAGCGCAGCUGUGGUUGGCAAGCUUUGCCCAGGCAAUGGAUAGGCGUGACUGCGACGGCUUGGCGCGCCUCUUUGUGGAAAACUGCAGCUGGCGCGACCUGCUGUCUUUCACGUGGGACAUCCAGACUCUUGAGGGCAGGAUGCCCAUCAUCAGCAUGGUGUCGUCGGUUCUCGACCAGGUCAAGCCGCACGGCUGGGUAUUGGAGGCGGCCACCGAAGCGGAUGGGGUCGUCUCGGCGCGCUUCGUCUUCCGGACCGCCUACACAAGCUGCGUGGGGCACGCGAGGCUUCGCAAGGGCCUCUGUUGCACUCUGCUUUCCGCCGCCCGGGCCCUUCACGGCCACGAGGAGCAGCGAGGGCUCACAAGGAAGCUCGGUGGCCACGGGCCUUUGAAGAGGGUGGAGGCCUCAGACCCACCCGCGCAGCCCUCGGAGCCCUACGUGGUGAUCGUUGGGGGCAGCCAGUGUGGGAUCACGUUGGGCGCCCGGCUCAAGCAGCUGGGAGUUCCCAGCAUCGUCCUCGAGCGGAACGAGCGCCCUGGGGACGCCUGGCGCAAGCGCUACGAUGCCUUGCGCCUGCACUUCCAGGUCACGUACUGCGAGUUCCCCUACCUGCCUUUUCCAGACAACUGGCCAAAGUACCUGUCGAAGGAUCAGAUGGCAGACUGGAUUGACAUGUAUGCCAAAGUCAUGGAUGUAGACGUGUGGACGAGCUCAUGCUGCGUGAACGCAACGUGGGACGAGAUGAAGUGCCGCUGGACAGUGCUGGUUGACAAACAUGGCCAGCGUGUCGAGCUGCAGCCACGGCACCUGGUCAUCGCGACGGGCUUGAACGGCACGGCGUACGUCCCCGAGCUCCGCAACCAGGACACUUUCAGGGGAGUCGCCAUGCACUCCUCGCAAUAUGUCUCAGGUGCGCCCUACAGAGGAAAGAGGGCCGUGGUCGUGGGCUCCGGAACCUCUGCCCACGACAUCUGCCAGGAUCUGUGGGAGCACGGCGCGGAGGUGACCAUGAUUCAGCGCAGCCCCACGCCCAUCACGAAGGUGAGCACCCACCAGCAGGUUUGCUUGCAGCGGCUUUACUCAGAAGAGGCCAGGGCCAGUGGAAUCAGCACCGAGGCGGCGGAUCUGGAGUUUAUGUCCCUGCCUUACAGGCUUCUCCUGGAGAAGCAGAGCCGGGCUGCCCGUGAGCUCCGGGAGCUCGAUGCAGACUUGCUCCGCCGGUUGGAGGAAGCCGGCUUUCUCUUAGACUCCGAGACUACCAACACCUCGAACUAUCUCGCCUCUGGCUCCGGUACCUACUUGGAGGUGGGUGCGUCGGAGUUGAUUGCCGAGGGGCUUAUCAAGGUGAAAACCGGCACUGCAUCAGCCUUGGGCGAAGGAGCUGUGAUCACCGACGACGGCACUCAGCUCGGUGCUGACCUGGUCGUCUUUGCCACGGGCUACCAACCACUGUCGCAGCUGAUUGCCGAGCUCCUCGGGAAAAGCGUGGCUGCGCGCCUGGGCAGGAUCUGGGGCCUGGGCACAGGUGGGCCGGGGGAUGCGGGGCCGUGGGAGGGGGAGCUCCGCAACAUGUGGAAGGCGACGAGCGUGGAGGGUCUCUGGCUCCAUGGCGGCAACUUGCUGCAGAAUCGCAUCUACUCGCACUUCCUGGCCCUGCAACUCAAGGCCCACCAUGCCGGUCUUCCCAUGAGCAUCUACAGGCCGCGCAGCCCCACGGGCUUCGAGUUUGCCGGGGCCUGA